AUAAAAACAGUUGGACAUCUGACAUCCAGAAAUAUGAUUCUUUCUUAUUCUCCCUGUAUUUUCUAAUCAAGAUACGAUAUUUAUGUUAAAAUCAAUUGAAUUGGCUGGGAAUUAUUUAUUUCUUCCGCCUUUCCUUUUUUCCCUCUAAACCCUUACAUGCUGUACUUAUUAGAUUAUCUAUUUAUAGUAUAUUAUGUUGUUUGAUCAAUGUAUUCAAAUGCACCUGGUGAGACAGAACCUGAUUGUCGUUGUUUAUUAUGUAUUUGUAAAAAAAUCUAUUUGUACUGAGCUAGCUCAAUGAAUAUUUGGCCUCUUUUAGGUGGAAAACUUGACUCGGAAAUCCCAGCUUCAAGAAGAUGAGUUGGAAAAAACAACUAAACAGUUAAAAGAAGCAAUAGCAAUUGCCAGCGAAGAAACUGCCAAAUGCAAAGCAGCAAAGGAAGUGAUCAAGUCGCUUACUUCUCAGCUGAAGGACAUGGCUGAAAGGCUGCCCAUAGGAGCAGCUAGGAAUGUCAGAUCACCCUCUAACUCCACUCCUGGUUCCAAUGACUUGAACAUUGCUUCCAUCGAUAGAUUAAAUAUUCAAGCAACAAGCCCAGAAUCAGACGUAACUGGAUCAUAUAGCCAGUUAUCUUCAAAUGGAUCAAGCACUGUCACCGACCGUUCUGCUGGUCACUGUAAACAUAGUCAAUCAGAUGCAGCUAGCAGAAAUGGGAGCAAACCAAAGGAGAAUGAGUCCCGUAAUGAGAGCGAGUGGGUUGAGCAAGAUGAGCCUGGUGUAUAUAUUACUCUGACUUCCUUAGCAAGCGGUGCAAUAGAUCUCAAGAGGGUUCGGUUCAGUCGCAAACGGUUUAGUGAGAAACAAGCAGAACAUUGGUGGGCUGAAAAUCGAGUAAGAGUAUAUGAACAGUACAAUGUGCGCACGAUUGACAAGUCAACCAUUGGUAUUGGGAGUAUGGACCUGGCUCAUUGAUGUUAGAGCUUGUAAAUGGCUGAUAUGUUUUGGUUGUUUUGGCUGGAGUUGAAGUUAGAACGCUUACAUUUGGCUUCCAUCUAAUAUUAAGCAUUGAGGGAAGCUGGGAUUGGCAUAGUAGGACAGGAUAGGGAUUUGAUUGUGAUAUUUUAAUUUCACCUUUUUUUUUUCAAUUUGAUUUCACUCUCCACUUUUUCCCUCAUGUCUGUCUACCUUGUGCAGGGAUUGUAAGGUGAGAAAUGUAAAUUCUUAGUAGAUUACUCUCUCUUGCUGAAAGUAGCUGUUAUGUAAAUUUCAUAAGUGAAUGCAUUUACAAAUUUUUCUUCUACACCGGUUUAGUAUACCUUCACUCA